AUGAAGAACGCAUGUAGAAUGUCAAUAGAUGAAGUUUAUACUGCAAGUGAAGAUACAGAAAAGAGUGGGGUAAGUGAUCCAUCAAAAGUAAUGAAGCAUGCAAUAUACAACAACAGUUCGAAAUCAUGCAUGGCGGUUUUUUAAAACUCUAUUUAUUAAAUAAUGUAAAAUUAAUUUUACUGUAAUUUAUAACAACUGUUGCGGUCGCAUGGCUGUCAAAUGAUUCAUGCAGGAUAACUGUAAUUAACUAUUGUGGAAAAACUAAAUAAUUUUUUAACAAAAAUUUACGCCAUUUUCCCUGUUAUAUUCCACAUUCCCCCCUCUCCCCCCAGCUUGAUACUUUUCUGAAACACUACUUAAUAAUGUUAAUUAUUAUACUAUUAAACCAGGUUACCCAUGGGCAGUUAAUGCUGUCUUUGGAGUAUUUUGCAAUAUGUCACUGAACAAGAGAAAAAAUAUUCUGUGGAAAAUGAAAACACAAACGAGUCAUGACAAUUGAUUGGAUUUUCCCGAUUGAGCUGUAAGAUGGAGCUCAACGAAAAUACGUGAUUUAUUUAGCUAAAUAUCCCGUGAUGACAUAGUAUAUAUAGCCAGUGUAUAUGUAUUUACUAUUUAAUAUAUGCGCACGGCUGGCGCGUUUUACGAUUAUUAUUCAACGCAGAUUUAUGGUUCCUCUUUAUUUUAGUUUGCCAUAAUAUUAAUGUAAGCAAUUUCAUAAUUUAUUAUAGGAGGAGCAGGCCAGCAGCCAAAAAUAACUGAAAUAGUCAAGCGAGAAGCCAUAGCGACCGCAAUGGUAACCGUAAUGCAUGUACAUGCUAAGUAACAACAAUGACCACAAUGCAACGCCCUUGGCAAAGUCCAAAUUUUAUCCCCUUAUACACAGAUUAGGAAGCUUGUCUCAGGCUCACUCGCUGCGGCAACAAUUAAUAAUUCAUGUCUAUUACUGUAGGAUGAAAAUUCUGUCAACAGUAAUUGGUUGAUGCCAAAUAACAACGGUCAAGGUGAGCCCAAUUUGAACAAAAAUUAUUGAUGUAUGGCUAUCGCUAUUACGUGCAAACAUAGUGUGACACGAGUGAUAUUCAAGCCGUAAAAUCACGCAAGACACCAGAAAGACUGAGCAGGGCCGCCCAGAGGUUGGCGGGGGCCCGGGGCAAAUUUUUUUUAGGGGGCCCUAUCUAAAAAAUUUUUUCCGGAAAUUAUUUUGGCGACCUCCCCCCCCCCCCAACAUGGUAUUUCAUAAUUAUCGAAUAAUAGUUGAAAACAGAACAACUCUGGUUUAACCAUAAUUUUCAGGGGAGGGAAUAAACCGUGACGGUUUUUUAUAUAAUAACAGUUGUUAAAAAUUACCCGGAGGGCCUUUUUUAUGGCCCGAUGGCCUGAUUCUCUGGAUACUUUUCCCUAUCAUCAGACUCAAGGACCCCUUCCACCCAACUAUAGCAGCUCUCCAAUUCUACAGCUUAGUUUCUUCAAAAUCCCCCAAAAAACAUAAAGGACAAUAGAAGUAGAGUGUGAAAAGUGUAUUUGAAUUCAUCAUAUUACAAAGUUUUAUUAGAUUAUCUUAGAGCACAAUAUAUAACACCUUAUUUUUCCACCAUAUGUGAGAUUUGUUACACAAUUUAUUUGCUAAUUCCAUAAUGUCCAAAAGCUAAUGUAUUAACACCGUCUUCUGAAAUGAAACGUUUAUCAUCAUAUGGACUUAAAGCAAUCUUAGUUACUUAAUGGAGUAGAUCUCAUGACUAUAACUACGAAUCUGAUUCAUUGACCCUCUUGUCUGCUUCUUGUCGAAUAAGCAGCUUUUAUAAUUAUCAUGUCUUAUAUGCUUCUUUGUUACCGACUUCUUUACCCCUUUAGCUGUCUUCUUAUCUACGGGCUUGUUCAGUGUACUGGGGUAGAGUACAUCUUUGGCUUCAAACCAAUGAACUCCUGAAUUGGAAUGCCAUGUGUUUCGUUAUUCAUUUUCUUUCUUGUUUCUGAUACUGUGAAGACGAUGGUUGUGUGCGUAUUCGGAUGUGUCAAAUAGCUCUGCGUCUUCCAAAAAUGCCAAAAUGUUACAAUUUUUCAAACGCGACAAACACGCUCCUCUACCACUCCUCCAUAGCAGCUAAACAGGCGAUAAUUAGAAUAACCCCUAAAAUCAGGGGUUCACGUGACCAGCCGCAACCAGGGUCUUCGCCGCAGCGAACAUGUGGAGGUAAAGACCCUGGGAACGAGGUUGGGCUUGGUCUAGGCCUAGCCUUGUAGCAAUGUAAACACUUUCGGCCCUGGCCUGGGCCAUAUUUCCAUGGCAACGUGUAUCCGCAGUGAGAGCAUAGUGGCCAACCAGCGGCCAACACAUAUGAUACGAAAACCGCUGAAAUUCUAGGCCAAAAUGAGCCGGUCUCGAAAUGAACGAAUGAAAAAACGCGCCACAUUUUAAUACCUUGGUCUGACGAAAGCCAGGCCAAAGCUAGGCCAAGGCUUGUAGUGUAAACUCAGCUUUAAAUAUCAACAAUGACAAUUAUAUUUAAAUGAGUAGGCUAAUUCUACAGGGUGUAUCAUAAAAAACGGAGUCCUCGCUUCAAAUAUAAAUUUCAAAACGAAUAUGAGAGCAAAACGUUCAGGUUUACAUUCAUUUUAAAGCAUAGCCAUUUAGCUUUCCAACGAAGGGUCGUUUCUUAAAUUUAAUCCAGUAGUUCGCGAAUAAUAUUAUUUUAAGUGAUUGCGAUUGGAGAGUCAAAAACUUGAGAUGCAAUAACAAAUCGGUACUUGAUGAAAAUAACUUAUUUUGUCAACAAAACGAGCAAAUCGAGCCAUUUUGGCAAUUGCUUGUAAAAAUCAAGUAAUAAUGGCUUCCAGUACACUGUUUUAAAUUCAUAUAUUCACUUGCUGACUUCAAAUGCGUUAUAAUCCCGGCUGAAGCGUGUUUUAGCUUGCCGUCAACUUGCUAAUUUAUGUUUACAUUACGGCCCGAUUCGAUGGAGCUCGUUCGGACGAUGGAUAGACGUAAGGUUAUUUUGAUAAUUUCUGGAAAUAAUUUAGGAUUUUAAAAGAAAUAAAACAACCUAAUCUCUUUUAGAAUGUUUUUAACAAGUUUUUACUAGUUUUUCUGAUGUGGCAACAUGCAAGAACAUUAAAAUUUGAACAAGAAAAUUCAAACAUUGCAACCAACUAUGGAAUAUCAUAGUAAAUUUGUAUUAUUAAGCGGCAUCUAAAAAUGAUAGGUUUUACUAAAAUUUAUCCUGUGCAGUUAUUACUUGCACUAAAGACACGGCCACACGGGUGACCAUUUGUUCGAAAGAUAGAUGAGCAAGCUUUAAAAUAAGCCUAAAACCGUUUUAUUCGAAGUAGAAGUCCGAAAGUUAUUAAGCACAAAAGAUGGACUCGGGUUUUUUUUAUACACCCUGUAUUCCUGCAAAUCUUUACUAAAGCCUAAACAUCAAAACUUUUCCUUUUAUUUCAAGGACAUUUGGCGAGUGCCACUCGUUUUGAAAGUAUAACUCCAUUUAAAAUAAAAAUAUAUAUUUUGCAUAAAUUCGUUACAGCACUGCAUGAAUACAUCAACACACUGAAACGUAAUAAAAAUACGGUUAGUGUUAUCGUUGGAUCCAUCAUUCGAUCUGGACUUCAAGAAUCCCUGAGAUAUAUGGCGAUUUGGUAUAACGCAUUAUAAACGCUUUCGGAUUUUAUAAUCUCGCUCAGUCUGGCCAUAGCUUAUCGAAGGGAAGAUGGCUAUGAAACUCAUUAGAAUAAUAAUAUAACUCAUUAUCUAUGUUAGUCAACGUUUAUCAUAAAUAUGGUCCUUCACCGUCACGUGUGUAUUGUAUUUUUGCCAAAUCCACCAAAUAGCAAUUUCCAAUUUCCAUAUUGUUCGAGUCACGGAUAGGUAUACUUUCCUAUAACAUUGCUAUUGGUUAGUUGGGCAAAAAUACAGUACACACGUGACGGUGAAGGACCAGAUUUAUGAAUAAACGUUGACUAACAUAGAUAAUGAGUUAUAUUGUUAUUCUAAUGAGUUUCAUAGCCAUCUCCCCUUCGAUAAGCUAUGGUCUGGCUGUACGUUUUGGUACGGGAAGUACACUUUGCUCUGUACACGCCAGUGAACUCUAAUAAGACUGGAACGAUAACUCGGCCGCCAUCUUUGAAGCCAAAUUGAAGGCCGCCAUGAAUGCCAAAGGCCGAAAUUACAUCAUCAAAAGAACGCCAAUAUUUUGACACAAAACAGCUUUAUUUGAACAAGAAUAAAGGCUUAAAACAAACAACAAUGCUUGAACUUUACUCCUGAUUUAAACCUUAUUUUUUUGCGAGUUGAAGAGCGAAGUUCUCUUCGGCACGUUCAAAUUUGUUAAAUAUUUCAAAUAUAAAGCUGAUACCUCAAAAGUUUUUGCAGUUAGUUGAUGCAGAAUACUUAGAACUAUCCAGAUAACCAAGUUUAAAUCUUUGAAAUUGAAAUCUUCGGACAAAAAACCUAUUUUUUCGACGUAUUUUUGCGAAAAGAAAAGUUACGAAGAAAGUUUGACUGAAUUUCCCGCUCCUCGAAACUCUCCUUAGUCCUUUUAAAAGUGCAAUUUCCUCGCGCGGUUGGCUUCAACUUAGCUUUCUUAUUGGCUUCCUUGGCUUCAGGCAAGUGUGGGCCUGUUUACCUGCAGUUAGCGUUCCAGUGUUAUUACAGUUCACUGGUACACGCAAAUCUAAAAUUUGUUAACAUAGGUAGCACGCUCUUUCUUGCUUCAUCCGUCUAUCUCGGCAUUCAGUUUCUCCAUAUGAGCAACCAUGGUAACCUACAGUGAAGAUAAUACAAUUGCCUGCUCGCAGGAUAUUAAUUGACGCCCCUGGUUAUAAGUUUAACCCAAAUAUAUCCCUUCACUUUUGAAUACCCUCUGCAGUAUCUUCGUUGUCGUAGAAACCAGAAACAGCGGCAUGCGUAUAUUUUCUCAGUUUUUCUCGUUCGACGACUAUAAUACUUUCCUAGCAUUUAUAAUUACUGUUCAUCAUAAUGUAGAUGCUCCUCGAAAGCGAAAGAGAAAUGCGGAAUAUUUUAAUAGUUCAUCGGGAGGUGCAGACAUCGAGUCAAUUAAACGGGAAGGUAAGAAAUAAGAAUUCUCGACUGAUUUAGUUCAGUUAAGUUCAGUUUAGUUUCUACCUGAUUAAUCUGCGUCGCAUCCCACCGCAAUUUGAAUCGUUUAGCAAACCAAGUUCAUCUAGCAAUGUUGAAAUAACAGUCAUUUUAUCUUCUUAUUCCUAUUAUUACAAUAAUUAUAAUAUAUAAUUAGCCUUUCUCACGCCGCCAUUUUUGGGGUACUUUUUUCCCAAACCGCGAGCGUAAGACCACGUAACGGCGGCUUUUUAAUACAUUUUUGGGCGUAUAACGGUAAAUUUACUCUGUAAAUGGUUAAAUUGCUCUGAAAAAUUGCUUUUCACAUUGUUUUAAUUGUUUGCAAGAAAAUACAAUACCCCAAAAAUGGCGGAUAUUUGCCCCGCGAGAAAGGCUAAUUACAUAUUCAUCCCCUUCCCCAAAAGUGGGGAGACUCGCCCCCUCCCAUCCCCCCAGGAUUGACGCCCUUAAUCAAGGUCAUUUUGGUCUUCGUGUCCUUUUGUCAAAAUACAAGAUCUUUAUGUCCAAGCUUUGUGAUAAAUUCAUUGCCCAGAACGCAGGAAAUACAAUUUUUCGGGGUUCAAAUUUCCAUUUUUUUCUGAGGAAAUUGCGCGUGGAACGGCUAUAGUUAUAUGUUUAACGAAAUGCUCAUUCAAAUAUUCCGCAGUAUCUCAGUUGUCAUAAAACCAGAAACAGCGGCAUGCGUAUAGUUUCUCAUUUUGAGCAGGCAUCUCCUCGAUGACUAUUAGUAUUUUUUCUAACAUUUAUUCAUCACUGUAGAUCCUCCUAGAGAGCGAAAGAGAAAUAUAUAUAUUGAUAGCUCAUCAGAAAGUGCAGACACCGAAUCAAGUAAAGAAGGUAAGAAAUAAGAAUUCUCGCCUGAUUCAGACAGCGCGCACUGAUUUUGUUAGCCUUAGCCUGCGUAUAGGCUGUAAGGGCAAUGUCUCAGUCUUUGAGCAACCGUGUAGCAGGGGGAGCUAAGGAAACGAGGCAUUCACUCACUUUUCCUAGUAAUAUUAUGGAAGUAAUUAAUAUAUAUUGCUAAAUAGUCCUACCAUGGACACUAUCGGACUAAAUAGACCUUUCCCAAGAUAGCUUUACAACCUCGUUCCAGGCUUUUUUGCGCAGUCUUGGCAAGUACAUUCGCCGAAUUAUGUUGAAAUAAUGGUCAACAAAGCCCUAAAAGUAUCAAGAGUGACGUAUUGUCGAAGGUUCUUUUAAAUAUAUGUUGUCAACCUUAUCAUACAUGUCGUUCUGCGAUAUAAUUUAUUGUAUUAUGUAUUUUGUAGAAUGUUUUAUUGCCCAAAAUGUGUACUCGGCCAGGCAUUGUUCUGCUCAGACAUAUCAAAGAAAAUUGAGAUAUUUCUGUAGAAAAUAAAUUUAAAAUUACAACAAUGCAUUAAAAGAAAGCUUAUAGAAAGAGAAAGGUUAACAGUAUAGGGACUAAACGUUUUCCAAAAAAAGUGGGGGGGGGGGGAUAAUUACAUAUUUAUCCCCCUUCCCCAAAAGUGGGGAAUUCGUCCCCCUCCCAUCCCCCUAGGAUUGACGUCCUUGAUCAAGGUCAUUUUUUCCUUCGUGUUCUUUUCUCCUUUUGUGAAAAUACAAGAUCUUUAUGUCCAAGGUUUGUGAUAAAUCCAUAGCCCAAAACGCAGGAAAUACAAUUUUUCGGGGUGCAAAUUUCCAAUUUUCUCUGAGGAAAUUGCGCGUGGAAUGGUUAUAGUUAUAUGUUUAACCAAAUGCCCAUUCAAAUAUUCCUCAUUAUCUCUGUUGUCAUAAAACCAGAAACAGCGGCAUGCGUAUAUAGUUUUUCAUUUUAAGCAGGCAUCUCCUCGACGACUAUUAGUAUUUUCCUAACAUUUAUUCAUCACUGUAGACACUCCUCGAAAGCGAAACAGAAAUGAAUAUAUCAAUAGUUCAGCAGAAGGUGACAUAGAGUCAAGUAAGGAAGGUUAGAAAUAAUAAUUAUUUUUCUGAAGAGAAUGCCCUUGGCAUGCUCCGGCCGUACUUAUAUUUAACAAUUAUUCGCCGAAAGCAAUAUCGGUGAAUAAAAACCGAGACGAACUUGAGGUUUCUCUUCACCGUUAUUCACCUAGCCUUAGCCGAAUAAUUGUUUUAGUUUAAAUUCGUAUAAGUGAUUACUGGGGGAAAAUACAAAAUACAUAUUUCUUUGUCCCUUAAUUUAAAAAAAAACGCAUUGGGUGAUUAUCACGUUUAAUAUAAUCGCGCAACAAAUCAACGUGGCUCACGUAUGUAAUUUCACUACAUAUGCUUAACCUAAGUUCUCCCUCACUAUUAAAUACCAGACACACGGCCAUCUCCGCGACGACUAUAAUAUUUUCCUAACAUUUAUUCAUCACUGUAGAUACUCCUCGAAAGCGAAAGAGAAAUGAAUAUAUCAAUAGUUCAGCAGAAGGUGACAUCGAGUCAAG